AUCUCUCUGAGAUUUAGUCUAGCCUAAAGAUACCUUUUUACUGCUCACUAGGACCGGAAAGAUGUCAAGAAAUGUGUACUCACGUGAGUGAACAGCGAUGAAAGCAGAACUUUCUUGUUGCAGAAGCUGUGAUGUGUGUGCUGGAACAGGAAAUGAAUGCAGACAGAGGAGGCAGGCAAGCUGAAACUGGCACAAAGCUCUAGCGUGAAUACACACCCGCCCACAAUACACACACACACACACACACACACACACACACACGGACACACACUGGCCCUGAGCAACAACUGUCAGAGCUGGAACUUUGAACUAUAGGUGGAACGACAGAGCGGUGGUGGCGAAAGACUGAAGCCUGUCUAAGACAUUAGGCGGACUGAGGAAGGAAAAGAGAUUUUAAAGAAAAAAGAAGACCAACAGGAGACAGAUCUUACAAAUGUAACUUGAAGAAGAAGAAGAGAGAGAAACAAAGGUGUGGAGAAGAUGGUGUGUCGAUCCUGCCUCAGCAGGAGGGCCUUUCCUGAGCCUUGAUUCCAGCUUGAUUCCCUCAAGGGGUGAAUAGGUGAGACGGGUAAGAUGACGUCCUUAAACAGUCUGGGCCUGGUACUGGUAGAGUUUGAAUAUGAAUACGAGGGUCGGGAUGGUCACAAGGUGUCCAUUAAACCCAACGAGCGCUACAUCCUUCUGGCCAAAACAAACGAUCACUGGUGGCAUGUUUGCAAAGAUGAACAAGCCAAGCCAUUUUAUAUCCCUGCUAAAUAUGUCAAGGAGCUUCCACCCAACAUCCCUUCACCUCUAGACUUCAGAGAGCCUCCAGGCCCCGCUGUGAAGCCUGUGGUGCCUGACAUCACAGAGGCCCGCAAAUCCGAUGAGGUGACAAUUAGACUUCGCUCCAAAGGUAAUUACCACAAGACAGAAAACCGCAUGUCUACAUUUGGAGUUCCUUUGGAUUUACACGAGCCCCCUUCUUACAAACAUGGCAGACCUUCAGACUCCCUCAUCUCCCUGAACACGGUCUCUGCCUCAGACUCAUCGCAUCAGAAGAAGAGGAUGAGUCAAGCAACCAAUCUGCUGUAUGGCUCUUGCAUUGAAACGGUGCCUGAUAAGUUUCGAGUGCCUAGCUUCAGCCCAGCUGACCCUCUCCAUAAACCUAUCCCUGUCAAACCUGUGGAGCUCCCCGUCAGCAAGAACCUAAACGAGACUAAACGUCACAGGAAGUCUCCCGAGCUGGAAUCCCCAAAAGAGCCAGAAAGUGAAAGCUCUAGCUCAGAACCACUGCCAUCACCAGACUCUGAAAAUAUUUAUGAAUCCAUAUCGGAUCUGAAUCUGGACCUGUCGACACUGACAGACAAAACACCUGCUGGAUUGCCAAGCCCUCAGACCAACACAUCAUGCUCUGCUCCAACAAUAAAGACAGAGAAUGACCCAAACACAGCUGUGUAUGCCAACAUUACUGACCUGAAGAAGACCAUUCCUCGCUCUGCAAACUCCUCUACUUCAACUUGCUCGUCGCCCGGCAUCACCCUCAGUCCUGCUCCGGACUCCGCCUCCCCUCCCAACUCGGCCGGAUGGCAGGUUCAUACUGACCACGACAGCGGUAAGGAGUACUACUACCACCCUGCCACAGGACAGAGCAGUUGGUCUGAUCCCCGUAGCCCCCCAGCAGGAGCAGGUAUGGAGUCUGUGACCUCCCCCAUACCUGUGUCCACCCCGUCCUCAGCACACUCGCUGGGCUCUGACUGGGAGCAGCUUUUGGAUGAGACCACUGGGAGACAUUAUUAUUAUAAUUAUGCUUUGAAGCAAACCUCUUGGACUGCCCCGGAGCCAUCGGAACUACCUCCGUCCUCUACAGAUAAGGCACACAGUCAUGGCAAGGAGCCAAACGGGCCGCCACCUCUUCCAGAGGAGGACUACCCAGCGAAUCAGCGUGAGGAUUCCCAUUUUUCUCUUCAGCUCCCUAAGGAUUUUCAAUUGCCCCAAAUCAAGAUUGCCAUCAUCCCUAGGGCUGUUGUGGACAUGCAUAAAGACGUCCCUGUGGGCUGGGCUCAAUCUGUAGGGGCCGAUGGAAAAUCUGUCUACACAAAUGAACUCACACAUGAACAGUGGAUCCAGUCUAAGGAUGACAAAGGGAAGUUGUAUUACUACUUAAAGGAUGGGUCUAAAUGUCAGUGGACCCUUCCAGAGGCUUCAGUCCCACCUGGUCAGCCGAUCAAUGGAAAUGGAACAGACCAAGAUACUCAACCUGUUAUGAACUGGAGGCAAUCCCAGUUCACCGUAUCUCAGGAAGACCUGAAAUUUUCCCCCUCACACAGGCGGAUCGCCUCUGACAAUGCCAGUGAUGCAUCCAGUUCAGGGAAUUCACCAGAAUCACAGCAUAACAAUAAAAAGUUAAGGCGGCGGAGGAACCUGUCCAGUCACAGCACAGAUUCACAUUCUCAUCAUUCAUCACUGGAGAAGGCUGGGAUUCUCAACAAGACAAAAGUGGCUGAGAAUGGAAAAAGACUGAGGAAGAACUGGGCGCAGUCGUGGACUGUUCUCCAUGAUGGCAUACUCACUUUCCACAAAGACCCUAAAUUUACACCUGCUGGGAUGUCUACCAAGAGCAAUCAGAUCGUCCCUGAGUACACAGUGGAACUGAAAGGAGCGACUUUAUCAUGGGCGUCUAAAGAAAAGUCAAGCAAGAAGAAUGUUCUAGAGCUCAAGACACGUCACGGCUCUGAGUAUCUGAUACAGUAUGACACAGACAGCAUCAUACACGACUGGCACAAGAUCAUUCUGGACACCAUCAGACUGCUGCAGGACCAUGGCCAUUACUCUGAGGAUGAAGCAGAAGAUAUCCCAGAAAAAUCUACAUUGCCUGCAGAUAAAGAGAGGAAGAGUGAAUCAACAAGACUGAGUUCUUCUAGUAGCAUAGACAUUGAACAGGGCCGUGUUCGCACCAAGCUACGCAAGUUCCUCCAACGGCGGCCCACCCUGCAGUCAGUCAAAGAGAAGGGCUACAUUAAAGAGAAUGUGUUUGGCUGCCACCUAGACACCCUCUGUCAUCGGGAAAACACAACCGUGCCCAAGUUUAUGGAAAAAUGCAUCAGAUCUGUUGAGAAAAGGGGUCUGAAAAUAGAUGGACUCUACAGAGUGAGCGGGAACCUGGCUGUCAUCCAGAAGCUGCGAUAUAAAGCUGAUCACGAAGAGGAUCUGGAUCUGGAGGAUGGGCAGUGGGAAGAGAUCCAUGUGAUCACAGGAGCUUUGAAGCUUUUCCUGCGUGAACUUCCUGAGCCUCUUUUCCCCUUCAGCUUUUUUGAUAGGUUCAUCGCCGCCAUUCAAAUGAGUGACUACAGCCAGAAAGUCUCAUAUAUUCGAGAUCUAGUGAGAAACCUGCCUUUGCCCAACCAUGACACCAUGGAGGUUCUUUUCAGACAUCUUCGCAAAGUGAUUGAGCAUGGUGAUCUGAACCGCAUGUCUGUCCAAAGUAUGGCCAUCGUGUUCGGUCCAACAUUGCUGAGACCACAGGAGGAGUCCAACAUCACCAUGCACAUGGUCUUCCAGAACCAGAUCGUGGAGCUCAUUCUCAACGAGUUCAAUGAGCUCUUCCAAACCAAAUGAAAUCACCCAAUGGAAAGCAAGAGAAAACACCCAUCAGCACCAUCUUCUCAUAUUCCCAAGUGAACAAGGUGACUGACUGUUUUCUGUCUACUGAUUGAAUAUUGACUGUCCCAGUCAAUCAAAGCCAAAAUAUCACAACAAAUAAGUGCAUUGUGAAACCUCGAAACUGCCUUGUUCUUUAAUGCAAUCUGUGUUUUUGGUACUGCCGAAAUCAAGAGAGCAAAAAGCCGAAGGGAUCAUCUGCCGAUAUGAUCAAACAGAUCUUAUAAAGAAAGAAAAUGUCUAGUUUGUCAAAAUGUUAUGUUCGAGAUGAGACAGUCGUGGAGUCCUUAAUAAUAAAUAACUUACAACAAUUGCUUUAAAGGUAUUAUACAUACAGCGCACAUCCUUGUACAUGUUACUGAAUAAUAUACUGUAUAUUAUUGCUACUCACCAAGAACUGUUCCUGUGGAACAACAACACUUUUCAGUUAGCCAAACAGCUUUUUCCUUUAAGUUUUCUGUGCAAAUGUUGUAUGAACAAGUAAAUAUACUCGACAAAGGUAUGGAUAUUUGGUUGAUUUGUAAUUUUUCUCUGAACAAAGAUCUUGAUGGUGACACCUGGAUUUAAUGUGUGCUUAAUCACCAAUACGGUGCACUACUGGUUAAACCUUAUUAUUCAGGAGGCUGAGAAAAAGGUGUUUAAUUAAUCAACUGUAUGACUAACAUUUUUUACUGUCUUUAGUCUCUAAGAUGAAAUAUUGUUAAAAUGCUGACAGGACAUUGCACAGAAGUAUGAAAAUGAAUAUAAUGAACAAUAGAACAUUUUGCAGUAAAGUAUGUAUGUGCAUUGUGUGUUAAAAACGAACUGUGGAUAUAGACUAAACUGUACAUAUUUUAAAUAUGUUGUUUAUAUAAAAAUAUGGUUAAGAAAUAAUUGGCAAUUUCAUUUUAUUACAGAGAUAAAUAUUCUAUAAAUAAAACAGAUAGACCAUAUUUAAUGUUAUGCAAAUAUGUGCAUAGUUUUUACACUGGCAAUUUCAGAAUUCUAGGAAAUGGAUAUAAAAAAAAUGUUUUUAGUAUUAUAAGAGUGCAUAUAUACAGUCAUUUUGUCAGAUAAAAGUGUGUACAUCAAUUUAAAAUAGAGAAUAGAUAUUACCACUGGACUAUAGAUCAAUGCAAUGUGAGAAAUUAUAAAUAAAUACGGUGCCUUCAUUUUCA